UGUUUUAUGCGGGGUUUAGUGCUCGGAACGGACACGAUCUCACAGAGCAGCAUUUAAAGGUGGAAAACGUGACUAAUCUGAACAGAAAACGGAUAUUUUCGAUCAGAUUUUUUUAAGAACGGCUUUUCUGGAUAUAUUUACAAUUGUUCAUGAUGGAAAACCGACGAUCUCUCGUCCACCUCCACAAAAGAUGGCGAUUCUUUUAUGGACUGCUCGUUCUUCUCUUCCACGCAUUUAACACGGCAGGUGGUCAGAUUCGGUAUUCUAUUCCGGAGGAGAUGAAGAAAGGUUCUGUUAUUGGUAAUGUUGCGCAAGACCUUGGCUUGGAUGUGAAAAGGCUUCGUUCUGGCCGUGCCCGUAUCGUCACCUCGGAAAAUAUUCAGUACACCGAGCUGAAGACAGACAAAGGAAUUCUGCUCGUGAAUGAGAGAAUUGACAGAGAGCAGCUUUGUGGAGACGUAACGCCGUGCAGCUUCAGUUUUGAGAUGAUUUUGGAAAACCCAAUGGAAUUGCACAGAAUAACAGUUGAGAUUUUGGAUAUUAAUGAUCACGCUCCCGUCUUCCCAAACGGAGAUCGAUCUCUCAAUUUUGAAAUAAGUGAAUCUGUUAUGGUCGGAAUGCAGUUUCCACUGCAGGGCGCAGAGGACCUCGAUGUGGGCCAAAACGCACUGCAAAAUUAUAUUUUAUCACCAAACGAUAAUUUCGUUUUGAGGCAACUUGCAAAUCCGGACGGCAGUAAAAAUGUGGAAAUGGUGCUGCAGAAAGCUUUAGACAGAGAGCUUCGACCCAAACUGUCGUUAAAAUUAAUCGCAGUGGACGGAGGAACACUGCAGCGAUCUGGCACGGUAAAUAUAGACAUUACAGUUUUAGAUGCCAAUGACAACGUUCCGAUAUUUAAUCAAACAGUAUAUAAAGCAUAUGUGAUUGAGAACACAGCUAAAGGAACCGGUAUUAUUACAGUAAACGCCACAGAUGCUGAUAGCGGGUCACAUGGAGAAAUGUCAUACAGUUUGUCUAAAAUGAAAGGCAGUUCCGCAGAUAUGUUCAAUAUAAAUGAAAAUACUGGCACCAUUUAUGUGUCUGGACAGAUAGAUUAUGAAAAAGACAAAAAAUACGAGGUGAGAGUAGAAGCAAAAGAUCACGGUGGCCUAACUGGGACAAGUAAAGUAAUAAUUGAUGUUGUUGACGUCAACGAUAAUGCACCAGUUAUUAAUAUUAUGUCAUUCUCUAGUCUCGUGUCUGAAGACGCACGGCCUGGCACAACCAUUGCUUUACUCAACAUAAAAGAUGCAGAUUCAGAUAAAAACGGUCAGGUAAAGUGUUCUAUAAAUGGUAAACUCCCAUUUAAAUUCGAAUCGUCUCUAACAAGCUAUUAUAAUUUAAUAUCUGAUCAAUAUUUUGAUAGAGAGACUGUCGCAGAAUAUAAUAUAACAAUAACAGCCAUCGAUUCCGGGUCACCGCCUCUUUCUAGCUCAACAAGAUUACACCUUAAAAUAUCUGACGUAAAUGAUAAUGCACCGAUGUUUGAUAAAAACAUUUAUACUGCUCGCAUUAUAGAAAAUAAUCCCCCUGGAUUAUCGAUAUUUGCUGUGAGCGCGAGAGACUCUGAUUGGAAUCAAAACGCAAGAAUCUCGUACCUCCUCGAAGACACGCACGUCAGCGGUUAUCCAAUAUCUACCUAUGUGUCUUUAAACUCUGACACUGGGGAUAUUAGUGCUGUCCGCUCCUUUGAUUAUGAGCAAAUUAAAGAAAUUCAGUUGGUCGUCAAAGCGCAGGAUGGAGGCUCCCCUCCACUCAGUAGUAACGCGACUGUGAAAAUAAUGAUCCAGGACCACAACGACAACGCCCCUCAGGUUCUGUACCCGGUCCAGACUGGAGGCUCUGUGGUGGCUGAGAUGGUUCCUCGUUCAGCAGAUGUGGGCUAUCUGGUGACUAAAGUGGUGGCUGUUGAUGUGGACUCUGGACAGAAUGCCUGGCUUUCCUAUAAACUGCAGAAAGCCACAGACAGGGCGCUGUUUGAAGUGGGUUUACAGAAUGGAGAAAUAAGAACUAUCCGCCAAGUCACUGAUAAAGAUGCUGUCAAACAAAGACUGACUGUGUUCGUGGAGGACAACGGGCAGCCCUCUCGUUCAGCUACAGUCAUUGUUAACGUGGCGGUGGCGGACAGCUACCCUGAAGUGCUGUCAGAGUUCACUGACUUUACGCACGACAAGGAAUACAAUGACAACCUGACUUUUUACUUAGUGCUGGCUUUGGCUGUAGUUUCCUUUCUCUUCAUCACGUGUUUAGUGGUUAUUAUAUCAGUGAAAAUCUACAGAUGGAGACAGUCUCGCAUCCUGUAUCACUCCAGUCUCCCGGUGAUUCCAUAUUAUCCACCACGUUACUCAGACACUUUGGGGACAGGGACUCUGCCACACGUGUACAACUACGAGGUGUGCAGGACGACUGACUCCAGAAAGAGUGACUGUAAGUUCGGCACAGCUGGUAGUCAGAAGGUGCUGAUAAUGGACCCCAGUUCUACAGGAACCAUGCAGCGGAUACAGAGUGAAAAGAACAUCCUGGAUGAACCAGAUUCUCCUCUGGAGGUGAGUUGUGGUUUAUCUGUAUUUUAAUGGAAAUAUUUUAGAACAGUUUU